GCCCUGUGCUACUUCUGCCUCUGCAACUUUCCAGCACUGCCUCCAGGAAGAUCUUACAUCCUAGGACACGAGGGCACAACUGCAGUCAGAAACGCCUGGGCUCAAACCUCAGCUCCUCCAUCUACUAGCUAUACAACCACCGGCAGAUUGACUCACGGCUCUGGGCCUCGGCUUUUUCUCCUGUAAAAUGGGUUCCUCCUUCUGGCUAGCCUCGCUCUCAGCUCAGUGCUGAAAACUCACGGAAGCCUUCAGAUCUGAGGGUGUCUUCCUUCUUCUCUCCCAAAGAGCCUCCACUGCCUCCUCCUUAUCCACCUUCUCCUCAUCCUCGGCCCUGUCAUCAGCCUCCAGGAACUCAGGCUCCUCCCCCAGCGUACGUCAGAGGCCCCCAUGUGGUGCACACAGCACUGUUCACCAGCCUGCCCGAGAUGGGGUCUGCCAUGCCCAUCCGGUCCACGUGUCCCUACUGCGGGAACUACAUCGUCACGACGACCACCCCGGUCGCGGGGAUCCUCACCUGGCUGCUGUGCACCGGCCUCUUCCUGUGCGGGUGUAUCCUGGGCUGCUGCUUGAUCCCCUUCUGCGUGGACCGCCUGAUGGACGUGAAGCACACGUGCCCCGUGUGCCAGCGCGAGCUCUUCCGCUACCAGCGCCUAUGAACCCCUGCGAAAUAAAUGUCGACUAA